AUGUUCGACUCUCGUUCGCUCCUCCUUUCCCUGGCUGCCCUUCAGGGUGCCCAAGCCUGGGGUACUCUCGGCCAUGCCACUGUCGCGUAUGUCGCACAGAACUACCUAGACAGCACAACAGCAGCCUGGGCCCAGGGCGUCUUGGGCGAUACCUCGGACUCCUACCUCGCCAACAUCGCAUCCUGGGCGGAUACCUACCGCAGCACCACUGCGGGCAAGUGGUCUGCUCCUUUCCACUUUAUCGAUGCCGAGGACAGCCCCCCAACCAACUGCAACGUCAACUAUGCGCGAGACUGCGGCUCUACGGGUUGCUCCAUCUCUGCUAUCGCAAACUACACACAGCGUGUAGGCGACGGUCGUCUUAGCGCAGCCAACCAAGCCCAAGCUCUUAAAUUCCUUGUUCAUUUCCUUGGCGACAUCACUCAGCCAUUGCACGACGAGGCUCUAGAAGUUGGCGGUAACGACAUCAGCGUCACUUUUGAUGGCUACAGCGAUAAUUUGCACGCGGAUUGGGACACCUAUAUCCCCGAAAAGUUGGUUGGCGGAUCUGCGCUGUCUGAUGCACAGACCUGGGCCAACGAGCUCAUCGACUCGAUCAACAGCGGUAGCUACAAGAGCGUGGCUGCAAGCUGGAUCAAGGGUGAUGAUAUCUCCGAUCCCGUCACUUCUGCCACCACUUGGGCUAGCGAUGCCAACGCCUUUGUAUGCUCUGUCGUCAUGCCUAAUGGCGUGUCAGCAUUGCAGAGUGGUGAUCUAUACCCUACCUACUACAACAGCGUCAUCCCAACCAUCGAGCUGCAGAUCGCCAAGGGUGGUUACAGAUUGGCCAACUGGUUGAACAGCAUCUAUUCCACCAACAUUGCCAAGUCCAAGCGUGACAGUGAAAUCAUGGUCUCCAAGAGAGAUGUCGACCUAUCUGGUCGCAGCUUCUUGCCUCCUUCGAUUCCUUUGAGUGACGCAAAGCGAAAGAGGGCGGCAGCUGGGUUUGGAUGCAACCACAAGCACUGA